CGUUGUCGGUACGCACCCGUCACGCAUGCGCGCGUAGUAGCCCGCAGCUGUGAGGUGGCUGAAUGAACAUUGACAACUCAGUAAAAUUAUUUAAUUUAGGUUUUAUUUUAUAAAAUAGUAAUAAAAUUGAACAUUUUGUUAAUACAAACUUAGGCUUUUAUUAUUGAAUAGUGGUUCUAAGUAUUGUUAUUGACAGUACCCACUCGGCUGUUGAUUGAGAAAAUAAAUAAAGAAAAAAAUCGAUUUAAUAUACGACUGCGUUUUUUAUUUGAUUUUUCGUGGAGAAAAUCAACUAUUUCAUAGUUUUGCGACAAGUGCCGUAGUGUCCGGUGUUGGUGCUCGGGAAACUGGUUUGUGAACCGUUGGCUUUUUUGUGUUUAUGUAUAUUGUGAUGUAUCUAUAGUUUCGCAAGUGAUUGUGCUCCGUUAGUGAUGCUGGAAGUGGAUGCAAGUGGCUGCCACCGAGUCAUCUCCGCAUGAUUGGUUUCGGAUGGCCUAACCGGAGUGUGUAGCGGCGCUGGUGGUGAUCGAAUGAUGAGCGGGGUCGGCGACGACUCCAGCCCCCGGCACCGCCGAUAUGGCAGCGCUCUCCUGUUAUCAACCGUGUCGAUCGCACCUCGCGCAGCCCGCUAGGUGCCUGGACGAGGACGAUUGUCGACAAACAUCUGCAACCCUAUCGCUCCGGCGCCAACAAUUCAUCGAACGAUGCCACGAGGCCCGGGGUGUGCGUCACCGAGACGUCAUCCCUGAAGUGUCAGUGAAGAAGACGAGGGAGGAACUCGCCAAGCAUGCGUCACAAACCUUGCCGCUGAACCGCCGGCUCAACGUCGAGUCUGGUUGGUCGAAGGUCGAAGAGGUCCGCAAGAAAUUUGAAGGGGCGGCCGCGUCUGCUUCGUUCUCCAGAUCUUUUGAAUCACCACCCAGACGGCGCCUGGCCGAUUCACUGUUCGCAAGCUUCAAGCUACCUCGCAAGAAGGACGGCAUGUCUGCACCUCGCUCGCUUCCACCUCAACAUCAGCAGAAACGAAAGUCCGCCGUGGAGCUGCUAGCAGAGACCAAAGCCUUUUACGUUAAGUCUGAAACUGUGUUGGAUCGGAAGCAAGAAUUGCCUUUGAGGAUGAGCAGUGGACUGGGUCAGGCUAUAGCCGCGGGCGGCUGUCAUCUGGUCAGCUCGGGGACUCUCAACAAUGAUGCUUGCUGUAAUCCAUACGCUACCACAAGGAGCAUAAGUAGUACGCGACGGGCUGUGAGCGCUGGUGAAGGAUUGCAGAACACGCUUCGACGACUGCUGGAACACGCCGAUAGUAGAGAGAACGUCUACUCACCUGCUUAUGUCUCCCAUAAAAUCUAUGCUGACACGAGACGCCUUAAAGAUUCUUACCCGGAACGGGAACAUCACCGGUCGCAACACAACUCUGGAACAUACUCGGGAACGUUUUCCGGCACGUCAUCCUCGGGAACGUCCGGCUCUAAAGCGCAUAAGUCGGACCCUGAUCAUAGAGAUAAAAUGAACAGGCCGUUAAGCUUCGGAGACGCUCGGGUCUUCUUUCCUGAGUCCUUCAUCAUACCUCGACAGAGGCCAAGCGAAGUUGUUAUCAAGAGUGCUUAUUCUAUACCGAGUUCCCAUUCGAGUCCCCAAAACAUGGAGUUGCCUGAACCAGUGUUGAGUGGUGGUGGCUCCCCUGCUGAGCAACUUGGUGCUAUCAGCCCGCCAGCGCAGUAUGCUCACUCCGCGCCUAGAUAUACCAGAUCAAACUCCCACUCCCAACCGAGCGUGCGCGAGGAAGAUAGCUGCAAUAUCAACAGUCACAAGUCAUUGCCAGAUCUACACACACAGACGCGAUGUUACCCUGAACACGUGAACACGGGCGAGAUUCAAAUGAUAGGUUCCAUGGGUCGUUCUCCGAGACGCCGGCGGCACUCGGGCCACCAGCGGACCGCCUCGUGCUCCUCCAAGGGCACCAGGUCCAACCACUCCUCUUUAUUGUCCUCGUGCGAGGCCUUCUCUGAACACCCGUCGCCUGGGGACGACAAUUAUCACUCGUAUAACAGCCGGUGCGGGUCGUCGUUCGCCCGCGACUCGGGCGGGUCCAGCGGACACUACACGCAGCGGAGCGCGCCGCCCGCACGCGCAGCCCCGCGCACCGACUCGGGCUCCUCCACGCAGCACGACCAGCCCAGCCGCUACGGCGUGUACUGCGGGGAGUGGGCGCGUGCGGGGGCGGGUGGGGCGGGUGGGGCGGCGGGGGCGGCGGGCGGCGCGGAGCUGGAGUGCGUGGUGUCGGCGCCGCCGCAGUUCCAGGACGGCGCGCCGCCCCCCCCGCUCGCGCCGCCCUACCCCGCGCACCCCGCCGUCGGCAUACACUUCCAGGCGAGCGCACCGCCGCCUCAGUUCCAGGACGAGCCGCCUAUGUACGACUAUGGAGACUACGAGUGCACAUACAAGGCACCUUUGAAAUGCCUCACAGUCGGCAGAAAGGAGUACAGCUCUAGAGAUUACAACAGAUACCACGAGCCCAGUACGGAGUUGAUAAGUAAGCAGCCGCAGUACCAGGAAGUACGCAUGCGGCCGCGCGGAGACGAUACCCAGGAAUACGUCAACACUACACAGAUAAUAUGUCCACCGGAAGAGGUGACGUCACCACUGGGAACGUUCAAAAGGCAACGUUGCCUGCGUUAUAAACAACGACGACCCAGGCCCAUACUGCGUUCUAAAUCCGAUAUCUCUGAUAGAUACAGGAGAACGGACGGUCGUAGUCCAGCUUCAGCUCCAUGCGAAGGCGAGGACUCUCCUGACAGUCCGUCAGAGGAGUCUACGCGACUGCAGCAUUUCUUCGAACGUCUUGGACUCGACGCGAGACAAUACGACGCACUCAUGAGGGACGCAGCCUCGGAGAGUCCAGUGUUCUUCUCGUCAGCGUCCACAGUGGACUCUAAUCAGUUGGCCGCAGCGGCGGAUUACACGGUACAAGGGCCAGCCGUACAGAAACAAAUUUACAGAAACACAGAGCCCCCUAGUGUGGUGGAGAGAAACGCGCGCAUUAUAAAAUGGCUCUGCCAAUGUCGAAAGACACAGAUGCAACAGCCACAAUGAAACUAUUAUGAAUAUAAGUAACCCCGUUUAGUAUUCAUGUAGCAUAGACUAAAAAAAGAUUAAAAUUCAAAGAUGUUUCGUGUUACGUUAUAAAAAUAUAAUUUAUUUCUAAUCGUUCUAUUUUCAAAUUGUUAUGUAAGUACUAGGUGCGUUUCUUUAUACGAAUAGUAUAGUUACUUGUUCUGUGCUUUAUUGAGAAAUUGAAAAAGAAAAAUAUACGAGGGAAAUUAAGCCAAUUAAUUUUGGCGCGUUUCGUACUUGAGGCUCAAAUACUUAUAAUUCAAAAUUGCUAUUUAAAUUGGCAAUAAGGAUGAAAAGGUAAAAUAUGGUUACGAUUGAAACUUGCUUCGAAUUUAAAUUAAGAUCUGCUAACUGUACUUUAAUGUACGAUUUUCUUCGUUAUCUGUGACGGCUAUAAAAUUUAACACAGAUGUGAAGAGUAUAUAUUAAGAAAGUAGGUAUUCUCAUUAAUAAUAACGAAACAUUUAAAAUUCGAACUGGUUAGUAUAUUUAGAAAGAAUAUUUAGAAAUGUUAUAAUACUUCUGUUGAACAGAAAAUGUGUUCAGAUGGCUGGCAGAGACAUAGAGUAUCUUCAAUCAUAGAGUACUCAAGUUGCUUUCUUAAUUGAAUAUAAUGAGUAUGUUAAAUAAUUUGGUCUUUAAAAUUAUAUUACCUAAAGGCAAGGCCAUCGACUGCUGGUAAUGCGAUACUAGUUCAUUAGGUAGUUUAAAGAUUAAUAAAUAAAUAUAUAAGCUAAUGAAGUAUAAACGUUGGAGCAAGUGAGUGUAUUUAGAUAAAUUCUUAACAUUAUCUUGUUCUUGGGUGUUUGUAACUGAAAAAAACCCUGAAAUUCAACGACCCAACAAUAACAGGACCACAAUGUAUGUACCUAAGCACAGAUAACACUAUACAUAGAUAUAUAAUACCUAUAGAUGUUUCAUUUAGUCGUCAUUUUGUUUUUACGUGACGGCACUCAAACUAA